AUGACGUCACUACGACGGUAGACAGUAAGCAACACACGCUUUUCCUGUGUUAUGUUGCGGGCAAGUUGAACUUAUUUAAACUUUUUCUUUCGUCAUUAUCUUUCUAGCAUUGCUGACGAGGAUAUCUUCUUAACAGCUAACCUUCUAAACCAUUUUUCAUGAUGAGAAAAAAGCUUCCUUUUUCUGCCGUGAAUUACUAAAGAGGGUUUGUCUAUUGGGGGUAUUUUAAUACUACGAAAUUGACAAGAAGAAAGAUUCAAAAAUGAAUUUUUGAACAUACGAAGACAAAACUUUUAUCUCAAACAGGCUGGUCGAAAGAAAUUUAUUUAUAUUUGGCUGAAUUUAUAAAUACGAUAAGUCUAAUUGGUAUCAAAGGCAAACAAAUCAAUGGUCAUGUCUUCCCUGCAAAACAGGCCUCAGAAUCCUCAUGGACUACGACAAAUAAAGUUGGAUGAAAUUUGGGAUGAUUUACAAGGUGGUAUUAAUCAUGUUUAUAAAAGACAAAGUAUGGCCAAGCCACGUUACAUGGAACUUUACACACAUGUUUACAAUUACUGUACCAGCAUCAACCAACAAACACAACAAAAGAUUCACAGAGGAAAGAAACUGUCAGACCGUAAUCAACCAGGUGCACAAUUUGUGGGAUCUGAUCUUUAUAAACGUGUAAAAGAAUAUAUGCGAUCUUAUUUAAUCAAUUUAUUGAAGGAUGGUGCUGAUCUUAUGGAUGAAUCUGUUUUGACAUUUUAUACACAGCAAUGGGAGGAUUAUAGAUUUUCUAGUAAAGUGCUUAAUGGUGUAUGUGCUUAUCUUAAUCGGCAUUGGGUGAGAAGGGAGCGAGAUGAAGGAAGCAAAGAUAUUUACGAAGUAUACUCGCUUGCUCUUGUCAUUUGGAAAGAAUGUUUAUUCAAACCGCUCAAUAAACAGGUGACAAAUGCUGUUCUACGGUUGAUUGAACGCGAACGAAACGGUGAAACAAUCAAUACAAGACUUGUUAGUGGAGUUAUACAAUGCUAUGUGGAACUUGGUUUAAAUGAAGAAGAUCACGACUUUAAAGGACCAACUCUAGGCGUUUACAAAGCUUCAUUCGAAGAGUUAUUUUUAGAAGAUACGGAACGAUUUUACGCUGCUGAGAGUGCAGAAUUUUUGAGAGAAAAUCCUGUUACAGAAUACAUGAAGCGAGCAGAAACUCGACUUUCAGAAGAACAAAAAAGAGUAAGAUUAUAUUUACACGAGAGUACUCAGGAUGAGCUUGCAAAGAAAUGUGAACAAGUGUUGAUUGGAAAACAUUUUGACAUUCUAUAUGCUGAGUUUCAGUACUUAUUAAACGACGACAAAGAUUCAGAUCUUGGACGUAUGUAUAACUUGGUGAAGUUGAUUCCAGAUGGCUUGGGUGAACUACGAAAUUUGCUAGAACAGCACAUAUCUAACCAGGGACAUAGUGCUAUUGAGAAAUGUGGAAACGAAGCUGUAAAUGAUCCCAAAUUGUACGUUGAGACGAUUUUAUGUGUACACCGUAAGUACAAUGCUUUGGUCAUGACGGCGUUUGGCAACGACAAUGGUUUUAUUGAAGCGUUAGAUAAGGCUUGUGGUAAAUUCAUUAACGUCAACGCUGUAACAAAGCAUGCUAAUAGUACAUCAAAAUCCCCCGAAUUGCUCGCAAGAUAUUGUGAUUCACUUUUGAAAAAAAGUUCAAAAAAUCCCGAAGAAGCAGAGUUAGAGGAUAUUCUAAACUCAGUUAUGAUUGUGUUCAAGUAUAUCGAAGAUAAAGACGUUUUCCAGAAAUUCUACUCAAGAAUGCUUGCAAAGAGAUUAGUUAAUCAAACAUCUGCUUCUGAUGAUGCUGAGGCGAACAUGAUUUCGAAACUAAAGCAAGCCUGUGGUUUUGAGUACACAUCUAAACUUCAGAGAAUGUUUCAAGAUAUUGGAGUCAGCAAAGAUCUUAAUGAUCAAUUUAAGAAAUAUCUCACAGAUAAAUGUCAUUCGGAGUCUGGUGUUGAUUUUUCAAUCCAAGUUCUUAGCUCUGGAUCGUGGCCAUUUCAACAAUCAGUGGGCUUCAAUUUACCUGUUGAGCUUGAAAAAAGUUACCAAAGUUUUAGUAAUUUUUACGGCAGUCGCCAUAAUGGACGAAAACUUCAAUGGGUUUAUCAAAUGUCCAAGGGUGAACUUGUGACUAACUGUUUCAAAAACAGAUACACAUUGCAGGCAUCGACAUUUCAGAUGGGAAUUCUGCUGAUGUUUAACAACGAAACUAAAUUUACUGUCAAGCAAAUUGAAGAACACACGGGACUAAAUAUUGAUACGUUAUUUCAAAUCCUAAGCGUGCUUCUCAAGUCAAAACUAUUGAUAUCGGAAGACGAAUCUGGUGGAUUAUCUUCAAGUACCAUUUUAAAGUUAUUUCUUGAGUAUAAGAACAAGAAACUCCGAGUAAAUAUAAAUGUUCCAGUGAAAUUGGAACAAAAACAAGAGCAGGAACAAACACAUAAACAUAUCGAAGAAGAUCGGAAACUGCUUAUUCAGGCUGCGAUAGUUCGUAUCAUGAAGAUGAGAAAAUUGUUAAAACAUCAACCUCUGCUGGCGGAGGUCAUGCAACAAUUGUCUAGCCGUUUCAAACCAAGAGUACCCGUCAUUAAGAAAUGCAUUGACAUAUUGAUAGAAAAGGAAUAUUUGGAAAGAGUUGAGGGGGAAAAAGAUGUAUACAGUUAUCUGGCAUGAAUAAGACAUUGUUGUCGUUAAACAACCAGUUUCCGAGGUAUAAAUACCAGCAUGACUUGCAAACAUCACAAUGUGCCUUUGGCGACGGUCUAUCGUGGUUCAGAGUAUGAAAUGUUUAUCGAAAAUCACUAAAACAUUGUGUUCCAUGGAGACUAACUGUUGUACGAAUGAAGCUUUUCCAGCUGUUUUCUUAAAUAAGUGUACAUUUUUCUUCAUUUGUAAACAUUAAUUCUUCAGAGAUAUUUAAAGAAAUAAAGGUUAUUCGUAUAA